UGUUAUAUCGUUAGGUAUUAGUACACCUAUUGACAUAAUUUUCUAUAAUAGGGGGUACUAAAUGUGACCGGAAGUAUUUGAACUGUUACUGGGUGGUGAUGGACUACAGUAUUGAUCCGUUGUCGCGUGUUUUACAAACAUACGUGGGAAUGUCACGGAUUAAUGCUAAACAUGGAUAAAAUCGUUUAUAAUUGCUAUCUCCUUUUACAGAUAAUUUGUGUGAUUUAUCCUACAUCAUUUAAAGACACUUGAAGAAAAAUUGGGCUGUGUAUGGCUGUUAACCAUUGGAUCUUUUUGGUAUUGGUUGUAUCUUCAUAUCUUCAACAAACAUAUGUAUCCGGAUCCUUUGAUUUUGAUUCGAUGUUGGCGUGUUUCCGAAGAGAGUACAAUUUCAGAGCAACCAAACCAUUUAUAACUCGUCAUGGACUCGUUUUGCCAUGUUCUGAUAUUAUAACAGUUUAUUCCUGCUAUGGCAGGUGCGACUCAAGUGAGAUUGCAGAUUACAAGAUUCCAUAUAAAAUAAGCAACCACAAAGUAUGUACUUAUGGAGAUGUACAGAAACGGACAGUAACAUUAACCAAUUGUCAUCCCUUACAUCCGGAUCCGACCUACGAAGUAUUCGACGCCACGUUCUGUUCUUGUAAAAGCUGUAGUUCUGACAGCACAAGCUGCGAAAAUCUAAAUGGAUAGGAUCAGGGAUCAAUAGACUGAUUUUAUGAUGUUUAUAUCAGAUUAUGGCUAAACGAAGUAUUAUAAAGAAUCAAAUCCUGUUAUUUUUGACAUUAUAUUUUCCCUAUUCUAUUCUUUGUAUUAUACAUUAGUAUUUUUUUUUAAGUAUUAUACUACAGGGACUUCAAUUUAUUGUUACACUCUGUGAACUACCGGAAUCUGUUGUUAUGUAGAAAAGAAACUGAUUUGUUCUGUUGCUAUGUAUCGCAGGUUAUGAAGUGUAGAUCUUUUCAUGAAAAUUGUACAGUGAUCGUUACAUUAGCCAUACAAGGUCAAAUGGACACUCAUUGCAAAGGCAGAUGUAUGGUUAAGCCUUUUAUUUUUGCCCCCAAAUAAAGAAAAAUGAUAGGUUUGUUUCGUCCUUUUCAAAACGAAAAAAUUGAUCAGUGUAGUUUACUUUUACUUACUUAUUUACGAUCAGAAAACUUAAUUAUUUUAAAUAUGUUGUUUUACUGCUAUCAACAUUUUAUUUAAAGAUAUGUUUUUCGAAAUCUGAAAUAUCUUUAUUUAUAUCUAACAUGUAAACUAUAAUGGAUUUAUUUUGGACAUUCUUUUUAUAGUUAUUACAUAAGGGUCUUCUACUACUAGCUAGCAAAGUUCAAGGAUGGCCAGCAACCUUGUAAUCUAAUAAAGUUUUAAGCUUGUAUAGUAUAAUAACAAUAAUGGAACAGCGUUCAAUUCUCAAAUAGAAAGGAGAUAAUUGUCUUGUGGGAGAGAAAUGAAGCUAUGGUUAUUAAGUCACUAGAUACUUUUUUACGUUUUAUGUACGAAAUCUUACGAUGUUAAAAACACCCCAACACUUAAUUAAGUAAUCAGAAUUUAAUUUCGCCUUAAUAUAUCUCUCUUUAUGUGAAUCCAUAACAAAAUGACCUUUAUAAUGUUUACGAGUUUACACACAAGACUUACCCAAGUAUUGAAAAGUAGCAAACAAAUUGCAUAAUACUCCCCUGACCCAUUUUGUGUUGGGUUUUUUAAACGAAAUAUAAAUUAUAAAACUUUCUUUUAAAUGUAUAAAUUUGUCUUAUUUUUACUGAAUAAAAGUGGAAUGAUUAAUGUUAAUGUUUUCAUAAGUAACCAGCGAACCAUUUAGAGUAAAAUUUAAAAUAAAUAGAGGUUUAAAACUCCAAAUAUGGUACCAGAUUGAAAUAUGUGACUGUCGUCUUAAAUUUUAGAUACUGGUUUUAUUAAUUGUCUGUAACUUUGGAUCGUGGGGGUUGGGACAAUACAAGUAAAUUAUACAAUUUCAUUUCGUAUUAAGCUAUGCUGUCAGUAAAUUUUAGCCUCAAUAUGUCACGCGUUGUCUUUGAUAAUUAUAUGUGAUAAUGGUAUAUAUGUAGCUUUGCAGGAGAAAGUCAAAUAUGAAGAAGUUUACAUAUCAGCUUUUAUAUCCUCUAGAUCAAUAAACAUGUAAAAAAAGAUUAAGAAAGUGUAGCUCAUAUCUAUCAAUAAUGAUUGUUAUUUUUUUAUUUAUAAUUUUUGUUUGUCAUAGAAUAUUUGUGACGUCAAUGGUCCGGAGCCGAAUCUCAUGUGAAUAGUACAAUGCUAUAUUUGAUUUUUGUUCAUCUAAUAAAGAAACUAUUUUCUGUUA